AUGGCCUUACCGGUUGGCGACUGCCUGGGCCUCUUGGCUUGGUUCUUGCUGCUUCAGACGCGAUUGGAGGAGGCCCGGAUGGUUCCAGGGACGCUGUCUCUUCCUCUCCCUUUGGAGGAUGGUCUCGAUGACCCGGGUGCAAGCCCACUAGAGAAGUCAAGCACAGAGAUGCCUGAGACGGGGAGCUCGAUGUCCCUUGAUUCGGUGACAUUUACUCCGGGUCACUCUUUUUCAGCCCCGACUCUGCCACAGGGACGGUUUCCAACAUGGAUUCCAACCAUUUUAGGUUGUGGCCACAGAACUGCCAGGAUAGUUGCUGGACAGCCUGCGGCUCAGAGGAAGUGGCCCUGGCAGGUGAGCCUGAAGGUCAAAGGAAGGCACAUCUGUGGGGGCUCCCUCAUCAGCAAAUGGUGGGUGAUGACCGCAGCCCACUGUGUAUUUGGCCAUCUGGAUUACGUAGUGGCCAUGGGAGAGGUUGAUCGGUGGUCCAGCCAGGCAGUCAACAUUCCAGUCCAAGACAUCAUUGUUCAUCAAGAUUUCUCUGUUAUGGGACCAAUUGUGCAUGACAUUGCUCUUGCUCUGCUGGCCUUCCCUGUGAAUUACAGUGCCAGCAUCCAGCCUGUAUGCCUCCCUAGAAGGACUUUCUUGGUGCAAGCUGGGACCCAGUGCUGGGUGACCGGAUGGGGCAGAGUAGUUGAAGGAGGUGCAUCAUCAAGACUUCUUCGGGAAGUUCAGCUAAGCAUUAUUCGUCAUGAGAAAUGUAAUCAGAUUCUCAAGGACAAGACAGGAAGUAUAUUUGGCAUAACCCAGGAAGGGGUGGUCUGUGGCUACAGUGAGAAAGGAGGAGACACCUGCCAGGGAGAUUCCGGGGGGCCGUUGGUCUGUGAACUUAAUGAAACAUGGGUGCAGGUGGGGAUUGUGAGCUGGGGCAUUGGCUGUGGUCGAAAAGGAUACCCUGGGGUUUAUACAGAAGUGAGCUACUACAGAAACUGGAUCGUUAAAGAACUGAGCCGAGCUCCGGAUUUUAACCCAUCAGGCUGCCUCACCUUAUGCACGUGUCUGGUGCUUCACCUGGUGUCCUGGUGA